UAUUUCGAUAUUAGUCAUAAAAGAUGCAAGUUUAGCAGACUUAAGGUUACGGGGGGAGGAUACACGUCAAUAAACUCACCAAUUCCACUUGGACGUGUCGUCUUUUCACAGAUGCUUGAUUCCAAAAAUGCAACUUGAACUCUCAUUUUGCUCAUUAAACGCAAAAAUGUUGUGUCUACCUCUCGCACACCAACUAGGAUGAAGAUCUGACCUUUUUAACGAAGAUUACGUUUUUAAGGUUAAUCAUCAAAACUCACCCAAGUUUGUCGCGGUGCCCCGCCCACAUCCUAUGUCAUAGGCUAAAAGGCUUUGCAAUAUGUCACCGGCCAUCUGUCUAGUGUCUGUGAUUGUGAUUUGGGCUCAUGUGGUCAAAGUUCCCAGGAGGAGUUUGCUGGGAUAUGACCCCUGCUUUCAGCCCAAAAUGACCAGUCCAGACCAAAUUGGCCAUCUUCCUGUUUGUUUACGAACAUGGGUUCUUGAGACUGUUUUGUGCAUCCUGUCGUGGCAGACGUCUCUCCCUACUUUGGUGACAAUCUGAAAAUCUGGUGAUAGUUUUUUUCUUUUUUGUAUCUUAACCAUUCACGCUUAACAUGCAUGGUUUUGUGAUGUGGGAUUCUGCUCAAUAAUAUUACAUAAUAUGCUUUGUUUCAUCGAUAACUGGCAUUUUUAUUUCUUAACUUUAAAAUACUCCUAAGUUUUUGGCAAGAAAAACAAGAAAUGUAAAAAAUAAAAACAUAUGGUCUAGGAGACUCCACAUUAUGACUUGAAAUACUGUUUAGGUUAUGGAUAUAAAUGUUUAAGUUGGUAAUUGUUUAGUUUAUUGCUUAAAAUUACAUAGAAGAACAUCACAAUUCAACGUGUGAAUUGAAGUAGAUCUUGUCAAACAUAUCCUUAUUUUCUAAUAGGGAAAUAAAUAAAUAAAAUUAUGUAAUUGUACACUUAAUAGAGUUUUUAGAUAGCUGGUUAAGUGAUAAAUAAUAAAGAAACAUAUUAAAAACGCAUAACUUUCCCCACAUGCUACAAAUUGCUUGGAAGUUUUUAUGUGAAAACAUGAGUGGAAAAAAAUAAUAGUCCUCCCACUAACAUUCGGGAUUUCCGCGCGUGACCAAACUGAAACCUGGCGUGUCAUGGUUGAGGUGGGGGUGAGUCAGCACCAGUGAAUCAUGCCUGAACUCGGAUCAAAUCUCAUAACCGAUACUGAAAAUAGAUCAGCCUCAACCGAACCAAUACUAUUUGCUAUAACAAAUCAGUACAAACACCUUGUCCAUUUAAUCGAUAAAAAUGUCGUGAAUGCAGUCAUCCGCACGGAAAAGUAGUCCGCCAUGUGUGUUUUCAUUUUAUUUUUUUUAAUUUUUUUUUUACAGAUCUCACAGUGCAACCAUAACUGCAUUCCAACACAUUGAAGUGUACUCCCUUAAAAAUUUUAUAUGUCUUUGGAGUAACGUCAUUUGUUUAAAAAAGCUAUUUAAAAUGCUGUUUCGCCUGGCGGCGGCAGGUAAACAGGAAGUACGAACAGGUGCGCGAGGCGGAGGCGGGGCCCCAGUCACAGAUGCCUAAAGUUUCCGGAAAGACGUUUUUUCUGCUCUUUCGUUUCCCUCCCUGGCAGUCAGUCGACACAGACCGUGGGACACUUGAAUUUGUUAGGGAAAAAAACUAUUUCAAGAAGGUUCUGUAAGGAUUUUUGCGCCUUUCAUUUUUGUUGGGUGGACCCUUUAGGUACACCUCGGAGAUUGGGAAGUCUGUAAUUGGAGGCUAAAGAAAGGAAGAGCUCAGGUGUUUUCAUUUCCGCACUCGUUCCACUUUGAUCCCCCCCCCUUGAUGGACUACAUGGACAGCGGCCUGAGGUACACCCCUACCCAGGACAAGGACUGGGACACCACAGUUCAGUUCCUGCCGGCUUCCGACAACAAGAAGCUCGAGAAGAAAAAGGGUCCCAGCAAAGUCGGCGCCGUGAUCGGAGUGCUGAUCUUCGCUGCCGUGGUCGCUUUGAUGACCGGCUUGCUGGUCUGGCAUUUCCACUUCCGUAAAGAUGUGCGCGUCAAGAAGAUGUACAGCGGCUCCAUGCGCAUCACUAACCAGGUCUUUGAGGACGCCUACGAGAACGUCAACAGCUCCGAGUUCAAGGCGCUGGCCAAGCAGGUCAAGUCGCAGCUGAAAACUCUCUACAGCAAAAGUCCUCAGUUGUCCAAAUACUAUGUUGGAUCUUCAGUUCAGGCGUUCAGUGAGGGCAGCGUCAUCGCCUACUACAUCUCCGAGUUCAGCGUUCCCAUGGGCCAGGCGGCGGCGGUGGACAACGCCAUGACCUCCAUGGACAAACUAGUGGACAAGGAGCAGCGCAGCGUCUACAGACCCGGGAACUCCCUGCUCCUAGAAGACGUGGUGUCCUCAGAGCUCGAUUCCAGAUUGUUCUCCACGGAAUUCAGCAGGUUCUUCAGGUUCUCCGAGCACGCCAGGAGCAACCACAUCGGCCAGAUCAAGUCUCCCGGCUUCCCCGACACCCCCUACCCGCCCAACACAUUCAUCCAGUGGCAGCUGCGCGCCGACCCCAACUACGUCAUCAAGCUGGACUUUGACACCUUGAACCUGGAGGAGAACUGCGCCAACGACUUUGUGAAGAUCUACAACUCUCUGGUGGCCAUCGAGGCCAGAGUCCUGCAAGAGAUGUGCGGCUACUACUCGCCCAGUGAGCCCCUCACCUUCCUGUCCUCAGGCAACGUGAUGCUGGUCACCAUGGCAACCAACGACAGGAAGAACUACCCGGGCUUCAGGGCGCAGGUCUCGCAGGUGCGGCGCGGCAGCACAGGCACGACGUGCGGCGGCCAGCUGACAGGCGACAAAGGCAGCUUCACUUCCCCCAACUUCCCAAACUACUACCCGCCUCGGACCUCGUGCCAGUGGUCCAUACAGGUCCCCGCUGGAAAGUCUGUAAAAGUCACCUUCAUAAAGUUCCUCCUGUCUGAACCGGGACAGGGCGGCAGCAAGCCGUGCCGCAAAGACUACGUGGAGAUCAACGGGAAGAAGUUUUGCGGCGAGCAGCCGGACGGGUCGGUCACUGAGACCAGCAGUGGCAACAAAAUGAACGUGGUGUUUUUCUCCGACAGUUCGUACGUGGACCGAGGCUUCACUGCCGUGUUCGAAGCCGUGGACAUCUCAGACCCCUGUCCCAAGCAGUUCCAGUGCAAAAACCAGCGCUGCGUAAAGUCGGAGCUCAAGUGUGAUGGAUGGAACGACUGCGGCGACAUGAGCGACGAGCUGAACUGUAAGUGCAGUUCGGACCACAUCAGCUGCAAGAACAACCUGUGUAAACCCAUGUUCUGGAAGUGUGACGGUGUUGACGACUGCGGCGACGGCACAGAUGAGCAGAAUUGCGGUCGCUGUUUUUCUGGGCAGCUCACCUGUAAGAACAACAAAUGCGUCACAGAGAAGAGUCGCUGUAACGGACGGGAUGACUGCGGCGAUGGAUCCGACGAGCUUGACUGCGCACGAGGUCCCUCCACCGUGAGGUGCACUGACUUGACAUACAAAUGCAAGAACGACAAAUGCAUCAGCAAAGUCAACCCGGAAUGUGACGGCACCCAGGACUGCGAGGACGGCUCCGACGAGGAGAACUGCGAGUGCGGGAGGAGCAGGUUUAAGGCGACGCGCAUCGUGGGCGGUCAGGACGCGGAGCCCGGCGAGUUCCCGUGGCAGGUCAGCCUCCACGUCAAGGGCUACGGCCACGUGUGCGGUGCGUCCCUCAUCAGUAACCGCUGGCUGGUCACCGCCGCUCACUGUGUGCAAGAUGACGGCAAGACGAGGUUUUCCCAGCCCGGCACUUGGGAGGCGUACAUGGGCCUCCACCACCAGCGCAACGUGGGCAGCACAGUGGUGAAGAAGAAUAUCAAGAGUAUCUACCCACACCCCAACUACAACGACUUCACCUUCGACAACGACAUCGCUCUCAUGGAGCUGGACAGCCCACUCACCUACAGCGACUACAUCCAGCCCAUCUGCCUGCCAGCCGCACAGCACGACAUUCCGGUCGGGAACACCGUUUCGAUCACAGGGUGGGGCGCCACCCGGGAGGGGGGCUUUGCCGCCACGGUGCUGCAAAAAGCGCAGGUCCGCAUCAUCAACCACACCGUGUGUGACGGUCUGAUGGGGGGGCAGCUCACCAGCAGGAUGAUGUGUGCCGGCGUGCUGAGCGGAGGAGUCGACGCCUGUCAGGGGGACUCCGGCGGGCCGCUCUCCGUUCAGUCAGGUACCCGCAUGUUCCUGGGCGGCGUGGUCAGCUGGGGUGACGGCUGCGCCCGCAGGAACAAACCCGGCAUCUACACGACAGUCACCAAAUUCCGUGGGUGGAUCAAACAGAAUACAGGGGUGUAGAACAAAGGGGCCUCCCCAGGCCUUGGGACAUGGACAUGGACAUGGACUGAGACACGCACCGCAGUGUGGAUUGUCGACUCAGCGGCUUCCACGUGUGCUGCACCCUUCGCUGGAAACAGCACUGUUGUGUGUCUACUGUGAUUUUAUUCUAUUAGGCUUGAUGAAUUGUAAAUAUGUUUUAUUUUCUGUGUGUAGCUGAUUUUUUUUUAGCAUUUUUGUAUCAAGAACACGCACACGACAGAUUUGAAGUCGAUUGUGGAUGUUCUACUCCUUGUCACCUUUCCUCACUUAUAUAGUAAAAAAAAAAAAACCUGUAAGCUCAAUCCACCCUACCUCCUAUGGCGCCAUACACAUUUAACUAUGACUCUUCAGUCAACAGGGGUCCCUGAAUGCAUCUUUUGCUUUUAAACGUACCAGCAAUGUACAAAGUACUGUAUGUACAAUUCGUACAAAGAAGGCUUUGUACGUAAUUGUUUUCAACUCAAUAGCCGUACAAUAUGUUUAUUUUAUUGUGUUUCAAGUCGGCAUGAAUGUUUUUGUAGCAGAUGUUUUAAAUAAAAUAUUUCUAAUAUAAGUUC